UUAAUAUAGAUCUAGAUAGAUCUAGGGGCAAGGGACUUCCCCAAAUAUUCCUGGAAACGACUAUUGCCAUGUGGUAGACUCAAGAGUACGUUGCAUUAGGAAUGAACUCUUGGUAGACUAGACUACAUGGUUCUGCCUCUGCUACUAUCCAUAUCCACACAGUGGGAGAUAACAUCAAGCUGUGUGACCCCCUCUGUGACGGUAAGCUCACCGUUCUACAAGAGGCGCAUCAAGGAGAAACCUGUCGAUGUGGCCAUCAAGCCAGUCAGAGUGGAUGCCACCGAGGACGAUGUGAAAGCUCUAGUGGCUGAGAUGGAGAUGUUGUCCAGUAUUGGGCCUCACAAGAAUAUUGUUUCAAUGCUGAGAGUCUAUACCGUUGGAAAGCCUAUGUACAUGGUGAUGGAGUACAUGUGCCACGGUGACUUGCUGGGUUUCCUGAGGACAUCCCGUGGUCACAGCGGACGAUAUACAUGUGCCAAGAUCGCUAACGGCAUGAGAUACCUCACUGAUAGAAAGUUGGUCCAUCGUGCCCUCUGUGCCAAGAAUGUCCUGAUUGGCGCCAACAUGAGCAUCAAGAUCUACAAUGUGGGCUCCUUCUACAUGACCUUUGAGAGCAGAAACUACAUCAUGAAGUGGUAGUUUGUGGCAUUGUGGGAGCUGGGGACUGUGGGGGGUACCCCCUAUAGGGAGAUUCAGACUGAGGACCUCUACUCGCAACUCAUGAACGGAAUGAGAAUGCCCUGUACUCAGCACUGCGCCCAAAAAAUCCAUGAACUUAAGCUGGACUGUUGUAGGAGGAAUCCAGUGGAUCCCCCCACACUUCUCCGUCAUCCAUGAGAAGCUCGAAGACCUGGCCAAUUUUAAAGUGAAUAUGUUGGACUUCCAGAACUAUGGCACUACUCUCAAUUCGAAGAACCUGUCGCUCUCUCAACUGUUCUAUAGCACUAACACUUUGUCAUGGCACUCAACAACCAUCUUUAUUUAUCUUUUUGUUCUGUCUCAUCUAUUUUCUUGACCGUGGUGAUUUUCUUUUAGUUUUUUUCUUUCAGUGUCGUUUUGUAUGUACACAUACAUCAGCUGCAGUUGUUAAUUACCUAUCAUUAUAACGUUGUACUAAAUAAUUGAUAAAGUUUUGUACACUA